AUGUCCUCCGAUAUGACUCAGGUCUUUACGAAAAAUGCCUGCCCUCCUGCUGGUCCAUACAGUCAGGCUAUAAAAGCUGCUGGUCAAGUUUGGGUUGCGGGGCAGAUCCCCGCCGACUCGAACGGAAAAUUGGUUGAAGGCUCUAUCGCAGACAAGACGAAGCAGUGCUGCGAGAACCUUAAAGCCAUAUUGGACGAGGCAGGCAGUGGUAUAGGCAAAGUCGUUAAAGCUGGGGUCUUCCUGUCCGAUAUGAAGCACUUUGCCGAGAUGAAUAGUGUUUACGAACAAUACUUUACUCAUAAGCCGGCGAGAACGUGUGUCGCAGUGCGAGAACUGCCGAAGGGCGUGGACGUCGAAAUCGAAGCAAUUGCACUGCAGUGA